AUGUCACCCGGUGGAAGAGCGGCCAUAGGCGUUCAGGUGACCUUUGUGGAUUAUGACUUGGACAAGGACCACAUCGCCGGUGUCCUGAUCUAUGACCCACCGGAGGACACGUCCGUGGUCACGCACUUCGUGCUCUAUAUGGCGCGCUAUGUGGACGGCGUCCUCGAGCGCGCGCCUUACCCCUUCAACGUGUCCUAUGAAGAAGUCGCUUCG